AGAUUUUCAUUCAUUUCCAAUAAUCGUUUACUACGAGUGGUUACAUUCAGAUUCGCGUUGAUGAGAAAUCGUGUCGCCAUGAAGCUAGUGAUUGGACUCAGUCUUUUCGUACUGUCAUCCGUGUACGGGGAAAAUGUUUGCGGUGAGGAUGAAUCAGGUUUUACCAUCUGCCACAAUUCUGAUGUGGUGACAUCCAUCACCAAAACUGGUAAUAGCCGAGAGCUUUCCGCAUUACUGGAGAACGAUGUAACGAUCGGGCCCCAGGCGAUGAAAGAUUUGGAUAUCGACGAGCUCAACAUCAGGUUUCACACCCCUGACAAAUUCAACAGAUCAACUUUUCACACUCUAACGCUCGGACCAGAGUCAUUCACGGGGAUCGUCCAGCUUAAGGAUCUCCUCGUCGAAGCAGCAAAUAUAAUAACGGAGGGAAAUCCUCUUGCGCCUCUGCAAAAUUUGCAAAAAUUAUCGCUGACGACCUGCGACGUAGAUGAAGUACCGACUGAAAUGCUGGCGUCACUCCCAAACCUUAAGGAACUGUCUCUUCAGGAGAAUGACAUCACGACUAUCAAACCAAAUGCGUUUGUGGGAUUGAAAAAUUUGAUGUCGUUGGAUCUGAGUCAGAAUAAACUGACUAAUCUCGAACCGGGUUGUUUCGAUGGUCUUGAUGAGUUGAGAGCGCUGGAUCUUUCCCUGAAUGAUUUCACCGCUGUACCAGCGGCCUUCAAGGGACUGAACAAUCUACUGAGGCUCGAAAUGAGUUACUGCUUUUCUCUUGAAAAAAUUGAACCCCAGGCCUUCAAAGAUAUCCCGAAGCUCAUAAUUCUUGAACUGAAGUUCAACGAGUUGACCACGUUGCAGCCCGGUAUGUUCGAUGAAGCCCCAAAUCUGGAGGUCCUUAACUUGGAUGGAAAUUCCAUUGGUGAUGUCCCAAAGGGUGUUUUCGAUAAACUCUCGUCCUUGAGAGAGUUGACCCUUACCAGCAACAACAUCGCAACCAUCGAAGCUGGUGCAUUUUCUGGAUUAAAUCUCAGGGUGCUUGGACUCGCCUACAACAAACAGAUGUGCACCAUCGAACCUGGUGUCUUCAAUGAUUUAAAAGUUGAACAUUUGAGUCUCGUGAGCAACAACAUAUCGGAAAUUAAACCACGUGCACUGAGUGGCUUAACGUCAACAUUCCUCGAUCUGGAGGGUAAUAAAUUGGGGAAAAUUGGGACCGAAGAUUUGUCUGGGGUAACCACGUUCCUCCUGGAUUUGAGUAAUAAUGAAAUUACUGAAAUCAUGCCCGAUGCGAUGGAAAAUACUCAGGUUAAAAAGAUCGAUUUAUCUGGAAAUCCUGUGGAGGUGAAGGAUAAAGCGGCAUUGGGUUUACCUGACGACGCAUCGAUCAUUAACUGAUUUUCUAUAAUUCUCCGAUGUUCCAAAGUCAUGUCAUUGAAGAUAUGAACUGAGAUGAAAUAGAAAAAUAUAUUGAGAUGAUUCCAAA